AUGGUAGCUGCGCUGAAUAUUCACGCUCUUUACAAUAGCGAGUUGGGUUUUUACCAAAAUUUUUUUGCUUAUGCGAACACAGCUUAUUUUCGAAUGGGGACAGUUGAUGGUUACUCUUUCACAGAGUGGGGAUUGUCUAUGAACAGAGAUGAUAUGGAAAAGGUAAGCAGUGGUUCUCAUCAUCUGGAGUCGGUGCCAUGCUCCUGUCCUCUUGCUCAUGCUCGAGGAAGAGUGAAGCCUCGUGAACUUGCCUAUAGUGCAGAAGAUCUGGAGCAAGCAAAGAAGGUAGCUGAAAAUGGCGAACAGCCAGAGGAACUUGUGCCAAUUCGUUUGGACAUGGAAUUGGAUGGUGUGAAGUUGCGGGACACGUUCUGCUACAACAAAAAUGAGAAGCUGAUUACGCCAGAUUUGAUUGCUGAAAUGAUGUGUGAGGAUUUAGAUUUACCAACCAGUACAUUUCAACCGGCUAUAGCAUCCGCUAUAUAUCAACAGGUUGGUAGCUAUCCCAGCAGCUACGGAAAGCAGGGGCAUGAGGUUCUGUAGGG